AUGGGGCUAAACAUGCUCGAAAAGCUCAAACUCGAGUUCGUGCCGGCCGCCGGUAACAAGCUCGUUCUCAAGCUCUCUCCUCCUCCGCCGCCGCUUGCUGACAAGCAGGCAUAUGCUUGCGUGCACGCCGCGCGGCGCCUCACGUUCACCGUCGACAAAACCUCGUGCCCGCCACUUCCGUCGCCGCCCCCGUUCGUCAUCGACGCUGCCGGAGGCAAGGCCGACAGCAUCGAGCCCGCGUCGUUCAAAGACGUCAUCGGCGACGGCGGCGGGACGGCCGUCGCGUCCGAGGGCGAGUCUGCGCCGAUGGCUCCCGUGAAGGCGUGCGGCGCCAAGAACGACGUCGCGAAGGGCGUCCCCGUGGCCAAGUCUGUCGCGGAGGCCUCCCUCGAUGAGAGCAUCCUCAAGAAAGACUUGGCCGCGGCAACGGCGCCCGCCGCGGAGGUCGACUCGGACCUUGCCAAGGCCAUGCUUGCCGUCGACCAGCCGAGCGCGAACGCCGUUUUCUGGUCCAAGCUUGCGCGCCCGACCGACCCGCCGACGGCCGCCAUCGGCGUCACCAAAAACGCCCCGCCGGCUCUCAAGCCGGUCACCAAAGACGUGCCGGCUCUCGAGCCGGGCGACGCCGACUGGACCGUCUCAGCCAAGGAGUUUCCAGAGGAGAAAUCCGUCCCGGGUGUCUCCGAGUGGACGACCCCCUCGAAGUCGCGCCGCAACAACGAGCGCAAGGGGGCGUCCGCCCCGGUCGACUGCAGCAACGGGUACGGGGCCCUGCUCGGGGCGGGCGGCAACGAGGGCAGCGGCACCGGCACCGGCAAGCGCUCCAAAGUGACGCGCGGAUCCACGCCGUCGACCGCAAACGCGGGCGCGACGGUCAUCAUCGAGACGACCACGAUCACCACGCUCGAGGGCUAUGCCACCGGCUGGUUCUCGUGGCCCAAGAUCUGCCCGCUCCGCCUCUUUGGCAUCCUCGCGCUGAUCUGCCUCGGAGCCGCGUUUGCGCUCUCCUCGUACUCUGCCACCACCGCGCUUCUCUCCUCGCGGUGGUACGACUCCCCGUGGCCGACAUCGCCCCUCGCAACCGUCGCAAAGCCGUUCGCGCCGUCAUCGCUCAACGGAUUCUGCGAGGUUGGCGACACCAGCUCGUUUGCAGACAUCGCCUCGUUGGACAGCGUGCCCGCCAACCACCUGACGGGCUUCACGAUCGCCACGGCCCACUCCAAGAUCGAGGCCGAUCAGACGGGCAUAACUGAGGGCGGACCCGCUCUCACCGCCGUCACGUCCGACCAAAUGACCUCCAAGCUCAGCGGCGCCUACGCCAAGCUCGCAUCCUUUGUCGACACUUCCGGCGCGACCAAGAUCGGCGACCCCUCACCUGAGGCGAGCUUCACGACCGCCACGGCCCUCUCUGCGGCCUCCCUGCUCUUUCUCCACCCAUGUGCGGCCGUGCUGGCGCUGCUCCUCGCGGCGUGCCGCGGGCUGCUGCGAGGGCAGCAGAUCAAGAAGAAGAAGGACGCGAGCGGCACAUCAGCGGCGCCACCGUCCGCACCCCCGAUCGCGCCACUAAUCGCGCCACCACUCGCGCCACCAAUCGCGCCACCGGUCGCUCCUCUAAACGGCGCCGAGCUCGACAACUCCUACAUCGAUCCGUCGCCGUCUCCCGAGCUUGACGGCCCGUGCUUGAUCACCGACGGCGGCUCGUGCGCCACCUCGCCCAACUUCCCGAACGACUACCCUCUCGAUGAGGGCUGCACCAUCUCCAACCUGCCGCCGGUCGGGCUGGACGUGAUCGCCUUUGACGUGGAGGGAGACCUCUACCCUUUCUACGACUACGACGGCGACGGCGACACCGCCAAUGACUGCUACUUCGACCACCUUGUCGUCAACGGCGUCAAGUACUGCGGCACCUCGGGCCCGGCCGGGGUCGUGCCGUCGGAUGGGACUAUGACGUGGGUCACCAUCGCCGUGCUGACGGCGUGCCGCGACUUUGGGGGCGACAGGGCCGGCGAGGCGCGGUGCGUUGGCAACGAGCGCGGAGCCAAACAGGGUUCUCGCCAUUUGGAGGAGGCGGGCUCGGACGAGUACUGCGCAACUGGCUUCACUGGCCCCGAGUGCCAGCUCUGCGCCGCGGAGAAUCACUACCUUGUCGGCGGCGACGAGUGCAAAGAGUGCGCUCCGCGCGGCGCGGCGGCGGCACGCAUCGCUGCCAUGGUCUUCGCCCUCUGCGCCGCGUGCGGCCUCGCGGCUUGGGCCUACAGCAAGACGGAAUGGCGGAAGGAGCGCUACAUCGGCCGCGUGCUCCGCUUUGCCGACCGUGCCGUCUACAUCUACGUCGCGAUCGGACUCACGGCCAAGACCAAGGUGCUCUUUGGCUUCUACCAGAUCUGCACCGUGUUGUCCUCCACCUACUCGGCGCGGCUGCCGCCAGAGUACACGGGCUGGACCGACAACCUGGCCAAGCCGGUCUCAAUCGACUGGUCUGGCAUUUUCCUGCCGGAGCAGUGCCUCGGCUACGGCCUGCGACUCCUCGCCAAUGCUCUCUCACCCAUCGCUCUCAUCGCCCUGCUCAUGGGAACGGGAAUCGCGCUGCGGCUCCGCCGCUGGCGUGCCGCGCCGCCACCGCGCCCAAUGGAAGCAUCGACGCCGGGAGCCGACACCGAUGCAGCAUUCAACCUCGUGGAAGCAUCGAUGUCGGUGAUGUCGGCGAUCGCUGACGCGAUAAACACAGACGAGGACGCUCCGCGUGCGAGGCCGUGGAUCGCAGAGGCGGCCCUCGGCGUCCUCGAUCUCACGCCAGCCGGCUUGGUGCUCAUCUUUUGCUUCGUGCCCUCCAUCAGCGCCUCCAUCUUCCGCGCGUGGUCAUGCAAGGCCUACACCGUCUCUCCGCCCGACGCGCCUCUGGAGCAGGUCUCCUACAUGCGGCUGGACGCGAGCAUCGAGUGCUAUACCGACGAACACGGAUCAGUCACCGAGCUCGCCUUCGGCCUUAUCGCCCUGUGGCCUGCGGGAUCGCUGAUCCUCUUCAUCUCGCUCCUCGUCGCUUGCUACAAGCCGCUACAGGCCAAGAGGCCGAAUGCUCUGACGCGGGCCACCGCCUUCCUCCACCGGGAGUACAAGCAAAAAUGCUACUGGUGGGAGGCGGUUGAGCUGGCGCGCAAGCUCGUGCUCACGGGUUUCGUGCUGCUGAUCCCGGAGAAGAACGCCUUUCUCCGCCUCGUGGUGGCGACCCUCGUCUGCUCCUUCUACACCGUCGUGCUCGCUGUCGCACGGCCCUUCAAGCGGGUCGAGGAUAACGUGCUGGCUGUGGCCACCAGCCUCGUGCUCCUCCUCCUCUUCCUCGCCGCGAACUGGACGAGCAUCUUCCUCGGCAUCAUUGAGCGCUCCAGCGUCGACGACGCCGAAGCAGUCCUCGGCUUCGCUAACCUGUCUGGCAUCAUCAACUCGAUGCUCCUCCUCGUUGGCGUGACGCUGCUCUUCUUCCUCAUCGGCGCCGUCUUUUCUGCCCGCCACGCCAAGGAGGUUCCCACGAUCCGCCUCGUUUCGACCAAGCAGCCGCCCGAGCUGAGCAUCGGGAUGGGCAUCACGUGGCACCUCUUCAACAGCCACAUCUGGAGUACCGGUCAAGACGCCGUCGCGGUCAUCAAGAAGCAGCUCCAGAUCCUGCUGCCCGGCAUCAAGAUCUUCCUCGACGCGCGCGCAUGCUGCCCAGAUAUCGGAGCGCUCGAGGAGUACAUUCAGCGCUCGCAGGUCAUCCUCUUCUUCCUCUCGAGGGGCUACUUCAAGUCCAAGGCGCCUCAGGUCCGCUCGUCGCUCGAGAUGGGCAAGCCGCUCGUCCUCGUCCAAGAGGCCGACCCGGCCAAGGGCGGCGGGACGUUACCAGCGCUGCGCGCAGAGUGCCCCGAGGAGCUCCAGCCCGACAUCUUUGACAGGGACUGGAGGCACACCAUCUGGUACCGGAUCAAGGAGUUUCAGCUCGCGCUGCUCCUUUGUUCGCCCAACUUUCUGGACAGCACCUCCCUUCCGCUCACAGUGACGGGCGAGCUGCGGAUCAGGGCAUUCGGCUUCUCCACGUUCGCAAAGGUCUGGGCCUCUCCGGCCAACGCCGGCGCGAGGGAGCUGGCCGAGGAGCUCGUCGCCGCCUUUCCCGGCCUCACCGUCUCCACCGCCGAGGAGGCCGGCGACGCGACCCACAUGCUUCUCUACCUCAACGAGCACAGCUUCAGCGACGAGCGGCUGGCCGAGCAGGUUACGCAGGCGCGCCAGGACAGGUUGCCGAUCGUCAUGGCGCACGAGAACGACCCGGACCUCGGCGGCUGCGAGUUCGCCAAGUUUUUUGAGACCACGCCGCAGGAGCUCAUCGCGGGCGGGCUCUACAAGGACCUCGCGCGCUCGUGCUUCCCCGGGCGCCACCGCGAGGCGCGCGCUCGCCCCCCUCGCCGCCUGGGUCUCGGCGCGACUCCGGUCAAGUCGAGCGCCGACCUCCGAUCGAGCAUCGUGCGCCGCACGUCGACGGCCUUCCGCAGCCUUGGCGGCCUCCGGCUCCGCGCCUCAGAGCGCUCAACCUCGGGAGAAGCCGAGGCAGUGGCUUCGGCGUCGGCGGCGUCGGCAUCGACGUCGGCAUCGGCAGAGCACGUGUAG